CUGCUGGUGGCAGCAGUGCGCCGCCGUGCUCUUGUUGUGGGAAGCGACGUUCGCGUCACAGGAAUCCACAAUAAACACGGGAUUGUCUGCAACACUACACGGAGAGCAAACUACACGAGCAGAAAGGCUACUUUGUUACUUUGUCCUUUUCCCAUCAGGCAUAGUGGGAAAAUAUAGCUGAGUCCCCUCCCUGUCUUGUUGCUAUUCCCCCUGAAGACCUCCACCACCUCCUUCUUCCUUGUCCUCCACCUCCGCCUCUUCUUCCCUCCAGCCGCCCCUGUGAUGCCUCCCUCGUGCUGUGGCUACCUGUCACAGUACACCCAUCAUCACCUGGUUGUCUUCCUCCUCACCUUCUUUAGCUAUGUGUUGCUGCAUGCGUCCAGGAAAACCUUUAGCAAUGUGAAAGUGAGCAUCUUGGCCCAGUGGACGCCGUCCUUCGAGAAUGGCAACGCAACGGCAUACUCUCCUGGCGAGACAUGGGAGGACAAUCGUUUAUUUGCAGAUAAAGAGCAGGCCACUCUGUUUCUGGGAGCCCUGGACUCCAUCUUCCUGUUCUCAUAUGCAGUGGGUCUGUAUCUGAGUGGUGUGAUUGGGGACAGAGUGAACCUGCGCUACUUGCUCUGCUUUGGCCUGUGUGGCUCUGCUGCUGUGGAGUUUGUGUUUGGCACUCUGACUGAAUGGCUCAAAUUCUACAACGUCUACCUGUACUGUGGCCUCUGGGUGCUGAAUGGCCUCCUGCAGUCGGCCGUCUGGCCCUGUGUGGUGGCCGUCAUGGGAAACUGGUUCGGCAAGACGGGUCGUGGCUUUGUGUUCGGCCUGUGGAGCGCUUGUGCGUCUGUAGGCAACAUCCUGGGAGCCUUCCUGGCUUCGAGUGUCCUCAAGUAUGGAUAUGAGUAUGCCUUCCUGGUGACAUCAGUGGUGCAGUUUGCUGGUGGGGUGGUGGUGUUCUUCGGCCUUCUUACAUCCCCUAAAGAAGUUGGUUUAUGCUUGGAGUCGGAGACUGGGCUCAGCCCUGUGGAGACGGACACAGACAGCCACAGGCCUUUGAUGAGCGACGAGGAGGAUGAGGUGGAGGUGUACGGCAGACCGUACCAUUCAGUAACACAGCCGGAUGAACCUCUGGAGGAGCCUCCGAAGGCCAUCGGAUUCUGCCAGGCGUUCUGUCUGCCUGGAGUGCUACCUUAUUCCCUGGCUUACGCGUGUCUGAAGCUGGUCAACUACUCCUUCUUCUUCUGGCUUCCUUUCUACCUGAGCAACAACUACGACUGGAAGGAGGCUGAGGCUGACCGCUUGUCCGUGUGGUAUGAUGUCGGAGGAAUCAUCGGUGGGACAGUUCAGGGUUUGAUUUCUGAUUUCAUGGGAAAGAGGUCUCCAGUGUUGGCUGUGAGUCUGGCUCUGGCCAUGGGAGCCCUGGUGGGAUACAGCCGCUCACCAAAUGACCAGCUGAUAAACGCAGUACUGUUGGCCACCACCGGCUUCUUCAUCGGCGGGCCGUCUAACAUGAUCAGCUCGGCCAUCGCCGCUGACCUCGGGAGGCAGGAUGCGCUGAGGGGGAGUCAGGAGGCGCUGGCUACCGUCACUGGCAUUGUGGACGGAACUGGAAGUAUAGGAGCCGCCGGGGGACAGUACCUGGUGUCCCUGAUUGAGAGCAGACUGGGCUGGAUGCGUGUUUUCUACUUCUUCGUCGUCAUGACAGCGGGCAGCAUCGUGUUCAUCACGCCGCUGCUCAUCAAAGAGGUCCGAGCCAUGUGGAGGGACAGACACGCGCUGCGGCGCCAGCUAUGAAGACGCCAGGUGUAAUGUUUCUCAGUUAUCAGUGCAAGUACUGCAGGGCAGCUCAGAAGCGGGGGAGUGGUGGAAAGAUUUGAUCAAAAUUGUUUCUCGCCAACCAUCAAGAUGAGGUGGAGUUAGAGAACCAGCUGCUAUACCUCCCACAACCACCAGUGGGCGUCUGUGAGCAGCCUGAGCAGAGAGAGUCUUAUCCACUCACUGAGGUUUGAAACGUAAACUUACACUUUUUUUUAUUAAAACAGGCUUUAUAAAGGGAAGCUGGUUGUCAACCAGUCUGUGAGUUCAGGCCUUGCGGGGUCUUCACAGAAUGUACUGCUGUGUAUAUUUUUAAGAUUUCAAUGGAUGUGAAAACUAUACUACAAGUGUUGACGCUUUGAAUUGAGGUCAUCAGAUUUCCGCCUCUCAAAUCAAGAGUUCUUAACUUAAAGCUCUCUGAGACGAUUGAGACGCUGAGAUUGCCUAAAGAUUGUGAAUAAAUUAUUGUAAAGUAGAAAUUCAUCGUCACUAUCAUCAGCCUUUUUAAGCCAUUGUAGAUAUGUAUGAUAUUUUCCUUGAUGUAAUAUUGCACUGUAGUAUAUUUUUAAGCUUUCAAGAAACCGUUUGAGGAUUUUAAUGAACCACUUAGAUCUUAGCCGAGGUUUAGGAAACUUUCAUGGAAUAACCACUUGAUUUCUCUCGUGUACAGCUUUGUGUAAUCAGGUUUAUGAACUAUACUGUAAAGCAUUAUGGGUACUAAACACGGGUCUUUCGCUGAUGUGAAGCGUGCCCAUUAUUCCUUUUUUUUUCAAUUUCUGUUUACGGGAAUGUUUACACCUUGAGUUGUCAUUGUCUUAAUUUAUAAGUGUUCUCUUUGAAAACACACACACACACACAGAAAGACAACCUCCAAUUGUCUUCUUAUUUGACAUUGUCACACGUCUCAUACACAUCGAAAUGUAAACUGUAGACUGACAUUCGCAGAAGACAAGAAACGUCUUGCCUGUUUGUUGCAGAUUUGCACUUUUUUUUUUUUGUCUGGACAACUUGACUAUGAAUAAGUGUCUCAACAUUGUGUGAUUUUUAAAAAGCCAACAACACUUCUAUUUACAUUGUUAAUACUCAUGAUCAGCGUUGGAUGCUCAUUAGCAGAGAAACCAUAGAUUAAGUAAGAUUUGUCUCCUUCUCCACUAGACUCUUGUGUCAGUCACCACGAGUCAAAGGAAGAUAGUUUGGCUAUAAGUCACUAAAAGGAAAGAAUUUCUGACAUUUCCAGCUACUGUGGUCAAUUGCGAAAAAACAAAUGUUACAUGUAGAUACAUAAACCCCCCCCAUGUGAAGUUCUUCUGAACACUUUAUGCUAACAGUGCAGCUUCAACUUCUGUUGUCUUUAAACUUGCUAAUGUACAUUGAAAUCUCUGUGGAAUGUCGAACACGAUCUGUAGUGAUGUUUUUGUUUUAGUUUUAUUUGUGUCCUUUUUCAGUUUAAAUGAAUGAAAGUUCAGUUUUGCAAACUUUGAAACUUUGGUCUGUUGUUACACAUCAUUCUUUUAUUUCAAUCUUUUCUCUAAAUAUCCUCUUAACCAGUGGUGUAGUGGAGCCUAUAGAAGCAUGUAUACUCUACUUUUUACCCUAAAUGUUUUUGAAGUGGUCCGCCCAGCAGAGGAUAAACGGCCUCUGUUACAAACAGUGACAUGUAUGACUACUCAUAUUUAGUCAGUCUGUACUAACCAAUCAGAGACAGAGUAGGGAGAGUUAUCCCUUUACCAUCAAAGGAAGAACAAAAUUAUUUACAUGUACAUACUACUGAAUAUUGUCAAUCAUUCAUUGUGUGAAUCCGAGUAGAUUUAGAAGUGAGUACACAUUAUGGAGACUGAAAAAUAAGCAGGUAUACCUGUGUUUACCCUGCACUACACCUCUGCUCUUAACUUCAUAUCAACAUUUCACAAGCCAAAUGUAGAAUACAAAAGUCUCCUUUGUGAGUUGACUGUGAAAUGCUCCUUAACAAACACCAGGGGGAGCUACUAGCUUGAGUAGAAACCCCAGUUGUUGACUGUGAAUUGCUUUAUAAUAACCACCAGGGGGAGCUCUUUCCUUGAGAAGAAACCCAGAGUUUGAACAGUCUCUUUAUAAAUCCAUGUUCAUUAGUGGAAAGAAACAACAGACCAGUGUGUUGUGGUUUAUAUCAGUCUUAUGAACAUUGUUUUAUUCUGAGCACACUAUGAAAUCAACAACAUGAAAGGCAACAGUGCACCAACAACCCUGCAGUAUAACAUUUGUCAUACAAAUAUCAAAAAGAAUAGGCUGAUUCUGAUCCAAUAAGAAAUACACUUCUUACAUGUUGCCAGGAUACACAAACCGGCUUAGUUUGGAAAUUCAACGUGUGUCUCAGCUUUUUGUUGAAAUUUGUGGUUUUUUAUUACCAUACAAAAAUAGAUCUCUUGACCACUUUGUUUAAGGAAGUGUAAAGAUAUAGUUUUGGGAAUAACACAAUUUGUUAGUUAUAGCAGAACAAACGGGGGAAUUUCAAAUUAUUUCCCUACAGAACAAAUGAAUGAUAUAAACUCAAUAAGUUAAUAAAGACUUUGAAAGUUUCCUCUGAACAGGAUGAAAAGAUAGACACACACAAACAAACAUAUAUAAGGUGACAAACAAGCCACAUUUAGACAAUUUUAAGCAUGUGAGCUAUUUUUAGAGCUGUGGAACACACAUUGAGUAAACGUGAUUAUGAGCAACAGCUUUCAUGCAGAUUUUUCGCUCAGACAGAGGCGGUUUUGUUCCCCCGAAGAGAGGCCGAGAGACUUUUAAAGGGGGCAGACAAAAGCCAGUCUGAGAUGCAGGCCACUUGUCUGUCCGGAGAAAUCCUUUUGAUCCGGAAGGGGUCAGAGACAUUUUGUCUUCAAUGUUGGCUAAUAAAAGUUUGUCCCUUUUCCUCAUCCUCCCCCUCCGACUUAAUGCCUCUGCUCUGCCCUUUUUCUGGGAAAGCAAAGUGAGGCGGAGAAGGAGGAGUGCGGGACAAACAACAAAAAGCCCCCUCACAGCCCACUGGGGACUGGAGUUUCCUCUGCUCUGGCACACUGACUCUUUUACCUGAAGUGAAAUUUGACACAUGGUGUAGCUUUUACCACAACAUAAUCAUAAGUCCCUCCUUUGUUUCAGUCUCUCUUCAUCUCUUUUCGCCUGUAGACACAAGCAGUCGUAUCUGCGUUGUUUCCCUGUAUUUCAGUUGUUGUACAUGAUGAGGUAGUAAGAAUGGAUUAUGGCUUUAAUCCAUAUAAAAAAAAAGAAUGAUUUAGCAGUUAUGUUUUGAAAAUCUGAACAUGCUUCAGAUCUGUUCCACUCAUACAAUGAGCAACUUGUAUUAAUAAUGUGUUUCUAGUUGAAUAGCAAAGCAGUUACUCUUUGGUUCAACUGCCACAACUCUCACAACAUGCGAUAAACCUCGAGAUAAACAAAACCAACACAUUCAUACUUAAAAACGCUUCCGAACGUAUGUACACAAUGAGAACGCGUCGAGGACUGCACAGUGACAGGAAAGUGUGCAGCAGCUCCACUCUUCAGAAAAACAAAAAAACGUGUCAAAGAAAGUGGAACCAACAGUCUGGAUUUCUGUGAGCUGCAGCAGAGUGAUAAAACACUAGAUUCCCUUCAUUGAGGAUAAGAGAACAUAAUGUGGAUAAAAAAAGCUGACAAAAACAUACAGCUAAAUAAUGUUCUGGUCUAUGGUCUAUAAAAAUUAAAAAAAAGAUUUUCAAAACCCCAUUAUGCAAAUAAUACAAAGCAAAAAAAGGAAUAAAGUCUGUAUGUAGUUUUCUAUUUUCCGAUGGUGUAAAUAUUUAUGGUCAUUAUUUCUGAAGCAGCAACGGUGGAGUGUAUAUCAGCCAUAAAGACUUAUAGUCUAACGCAUUGUUUAGGAGCAAAGGCACAGGUUUCCACAAACACCUUAUCUAACCUCGUUUUCAGCUUUGCUUGUCUUUUUCUCUUUUUUUGAUGAUGAUUUAACGUCAUGAUUAUUAAAUAAAUAGUCAAAUAAGAAACAUUGUUAUUAUAGCUGAGAAUUUGAGUCACUAUCAAAUAGGCACGACCGCAUUACCUCAUCGUUCAACCUCCACCGUUGACCUCUAACCUCGUGCUAAUCACAGUCACGCUGCCAAAUGUUGAGCCCUGGGUGAGCUUUUGACCCCUGAAUAGAGUCAUGCUUUCGUAGCCGAUGUGUGAGAACAAAGGUUAAGUGUUUUGUGAGGUCAAGAAUAGUAACUCAGCUAAUCAAAAUCUUCUUUUGACUUUUAGCAAGAAGGAGAAGAAAAAAGGCCGAGGACUGAGGUCAAAUACUAUCCGAGGCCCGUUAAGAAGAAAAUUAACCUCUUAAAACUAGAGCCCAUUUCUGUUAUUAAGAGUGCAUUCAAAAUUAUUUCACAGUAUAAAGAUGAAAAAUAAAAAAACUUAUACAGUAUUUAAAGAAUGUAUAUA